AUGUCCGGAAAGGCUGCUCUAAAGGCUGUCAAGUCAGCAUUGGACAGCAAAGACUUCGAGCUUGCAGCUUCCAAGGCAAAGGAUUUGAUCGAUCGGGAUUCCACGAACUAUCAUGCACAUGUUUUUCUAGGGCUUGCACAAGACAAACUCGGCAAGACCGAAGAAGCAGAGUCAUCGUAUCUCGCCGCAUCUCGCAUCAAGGACACGGACAAGACAGCAUGGCAGGGACUGAUAACCUUGUACGAAAAACAAGGGUCCAACAAGCUUGAUGCUUAUCGUGAUGUUACCGUGAAGCUAGGGCAAAUACUAGCAGAGAAUGAUGAGCGCGAUCGGUGUGUCGACGUCGUGGACAAAUUCGUGAAAUUUACCAGAAAAAACGGAAAUCGCGCGCAACAAAAGCAAGCUCUGCAUAUACAACUCCCAACAUGCCCUCUGUAUCCUUCACUCGAAGGAAGGAUCCCUCAUCCCGCAGAUACAUACUCAAGAUUAAUAGAGCUUACCGAGGCCGAGGAAAAAGAGUUCAUCAAUCGUGAAAUCGGCGAAAGACGUACCCGUCUCGGCGCAAGAAUCGACCAGGUCACUUCGGAAGUCAAGCGAGAGGCUCUUACCAAUCCAGAACUCGAACAAUACUACAAAGGUCUCAUCGACUGGACUGGCAAUGAUGAGAUUAGACAUCAAACUGAGGAGCGGCUUCUACAACGAGCGUAUGACUUGCUGCUAGUCCUGCCACAAGAACAAAAAUCUGGAAAACGUGAGGAGCUGAUUCGCCUAGCGCGGGAUAUGGUCAUAAUCAAGCACCCGUUUCUUCUCGCUUGGACGAUUGAGCUUGAAUGGAAAGAUGUUGAAGAUUUCUCGGAGUGGGAUCCUAUCCUUCUUCGCGAUUUCACGGAGUUUUUCCCAGAAAAUGGUCUCAGCAAGGUCAUACAAGGAUUUUUGAAGGGCGAUCUAUCACCUUUCCCCACGGAAACAGAGUUACAAGAAUCAGCUCAAGCUGAAUUAAGCGAUGAGAAAGCAGAGGUCGCGGAAGUUGCAGAGCUAGCAGUCGAAGACAGGUUGAUUUUGAUGUCCAGUGGCCUUGAACAAUCUUCAGACUCGAUAAUAUCCCAUCGGAUUAUGGCUCAACUUUACUUGAACUUGGAGGAGUAUGCAAGCGCAGUCGAGGUUGCGCGCAAGGGCAUUUCGAUCAUCAAGAAUAUCACCAAGAACACGGGUCUAGGCCUUGGACAUACUACCGACUACGUCAAUACUACUUUAGCGACUGCAUUAAUCUCGUAUCAGUCACCUCGCAAUCACCCCGAGGCAAAGAGCAUAUUCGAAAGUAUCUUGAAAAGAAAACCCAAGAAUACAAAAUGUUUGUUGGGAAUUGGAUUGAUCUUAGAGGAAGAUCACGAUUAUGAAGAAGCCUUCAACUUCUUGCGACGGGCCCGAGAACGUGACCCAUCUAACGUCAAGAUUCGGUCAGAGCUGGCUUGGUGUACAGCACUCAACGGAGACCUUGAAAGUGGAUUGGAGAUGUUGCAAGAUGUGCUUGCUGAAAUUGGAGAUGAUGAAACGCAGACUCGAGAGUUCAAAGCUGAGAUUCUUUAUCGUAUUGGACAUUGUCAAUGGGAGUUAGAUCCAUCUGCUGCUGCUCGAAAGGAUCGCAGUGGAGCAUAUGCUAGCUUCUUGGCCUCGAUCCAAGCCGAUCUGAACUAUGCACCGGCUUAUACUAGGCUGGGAAUAUACUAUGCCGACUACAAAAAAGACAAAUCCCGAGCGAAACGAUGCUUCCAUAAGGCAUUCGAGCUGUCUUCAUCCGAGAUUGAAGCGGCUGAAAGACUAGCAAAAGCGUUUGCCAAUAAACAAGAAUGGGAUCUUGUUGAAGCAGUAGCCCAACGUGUGGUCGAUUCUGGCAAGGCAAAACCUGCCCCAGGAUCUAAGCGUAAGGGUCACAGCUGGCCUUAUGCGGCGCUAGGUGUUGUGCAACUGAACAAACAGCAGUACACAAAAAGCAUUGUAUCCUACCAGGCAGCUUUGCGAAUUUCUCCAGGCGACUAUCACUCAUGGGUUGGACUUGGAGAGAGCUAUCAUAAUUCGGGCAGGUACAUUGCUGCUACGAAAGCUUUCGAGCAUGCUGAGGCAUUGGAGGCAACUCUUUCUAAGAGUGAGAGUAACAAUAUCUGGUUCUCGAAAUAUAUGCUAGCUAAUGUUAAGAGAGAAUUGGGAGAGUACGAUGAUGCGAUUGCCAGAUAUGAGGAUGUACUAACCAUUCGCCCCAACGAGUUCGGAGUGAUGAUCGCCCUUCUCCAGACUCUAACAGAAAGCUCAUGGAAAAAUCUUGAUACUGGACUGUUCAACGACGCAGCAAAGUCGGCGCAUAGGGCUUUGGAAAUAGCUAUCGUGAUGGCGAAAGAGACACCAAAUGUUUUCAAUCUAUGGAAAGCAGCAGGUGACGCGUGUGCCAUCUUCUCCUACAUCAAGGCUAAAUCAGGACAUCUCCACCCUUCAGAACUACAGUCCCUUUUGAGUAUCGAUGCGCUAGAUGGUGUGUACAAUAUACUAGCCGAUACAGAUGACGUGGGUAGCAAUCAUGUGAUCUUCAAUGCCUCCGAGGAAGGUCUAUCUUCAUCUUCAGACCUCUGCAUAUAUGCGUCCAUCCUAGCAUACAAGCGAGCGGUGUAUGUGUCCGCAAACGACAGACAUGGCCAAGCAGUCUCUUGGUACAACCUCGGAUGGGCCGAAUACAGAGCUUACAGAUGUAUUGAAGGUGAACCUAACACAAAGAAGGAGAAGCGGCAUACAAAGAAGUUUCUCAAAGGAGCCAUCAGAUGCUUUAAACAGGCUAUUGAACUUGAGGCAGGUAAUUCCGAGUUCUGGAAUUCCUUGGGCGUCGUGACAGCUUCACUCAGUCCGAAAGUUGCGCAGCACGCAUUUGUUCGCAGUCUUCAUCUGAACGACAGAAGUGCUCAGAACUGGACGAAUCUUGGUGCUUUCUAUCUGAUCAACAAUGAUUUGCAGCUUGCAAAUGAGGCAUUCACUCGAGGACAAUCUGCUGAUCCUGACUAUGCCCCAGCUUGGCUUGGCCAAGGUAUUGUAGCACUUCUUUAUGGCGAUCCAUCAGAAGCGCGAGCUUUGUUCAGACAUGGAUUUGAAAUUUCUGCAUCAUCUUCAACAUUGACAAAGAAACAAUAUACUCUCAGCCUAUUCGAUCGAUUGCUUGAAGAUGCUUCAAUAUCAAAUGAAUUAUCGCAACUGAUUCAACCUUACUUCGCGCUCCAACAGUUACACUUCCAGGAGCCCUCUGCUCUAUCAUUUGAGCAUCUUUCUGCCUUAUUCGCCGAGCGGAUUGGCGAGUAUGCGCAAGCCGAGUCUGCUCUCGGUGUUGUCUGCACUGGUGUAGAAGCGGAAUAUGAAGUGGCUGAGUCAUCGUCAUCUCUAGUUCGCUUUGCACUUGCAAAUGCAGAUAUCGCCCGUGUACAUCUUGCCAAUCACGAAUAUGAACAGGCUGUAGAGAAGGCAGAACUUGCGCUAACACUGUCGGGAGAUGAUAGUCUAGCUACCCCUGAUCCGGGCACGGUGUCAAGCCUUCGACUAUCAGCACAUCUCACUGCCGGCUUAGCCUAUUAUUACCUAAAAUCAAUGGAUCAGGCCAUUGAUAUGUUUCGUGAUGCGCUUCAUGAAGCGGAAAACGAUCCCGAGGUGGUAUGCCUUCUUGCACAAGUGCUAUGGGCAAAAGGUGGAGAGGAGGAGCGGAAUGUUGCUCGUGAUCAAUUAUUUGAGACUGUCGAAAAGAAUCCAGAACACAUCGGCGCUGUCACUUUCUUGGGCGCAGUUGCGCUUCUUGAUGGGGAUGAGGAUGCAAUUGAAGCGGUUCAUGCUGAUCUUGAAAAUAUGAGGACGAGAGACGAUAUCGAGAUCCACGACCGGGCACGAGUAGUCAAACUACUAUCGGCAAUCUCUGCUAUGGGUUUCAGCGCGGAUAGUGACAUACCAGAGGCAGAACGACUCGUGAUUGAAGCAUCUCGAGCUGUCAUGCUCGCUCCUGGAUUGCCUCAAGGCUGGAUGGAGCUUACAGCCGCUACAGGAGAACUGCACCCAGCGACAAUAGCUGUAAAGACUGCUCUUAGAAAUAUUCCUCCUCAGGGUGGGUUGGAUGCGGUCGAUUUGUGCGAAGCAUAUGCCCAAACAGGCACCAUUGGAGACUCAUUGCGGGGCAUCAUGGUGGCUCCUUGGAAAGCUGAUGGAUGGGAGAGCCUGAACGAGAGUUUGUCGGGUGCCGUGUGA